AUGGCGACAAGCGACGACGAACCGAUGCACUUGUACGAGGUGUUCCAGAACUGCUUCAACAAGAUCGCGAAUAAACAACCAGAAAAAUCUGGAUUUCAGCCACCAUAUAAUAUAGAAAAUGGAAUGGCAUAUGGUAAUAAUUUUGCAUCUGGCCCUGAAACUUUCAGCCCAGACUCUCCAUAUUUUCCAUUUGGUAAUACUCCACGUAAGCCUCUUCCAACAACUACUGCUGGUACUGCAGUUAAAAGAAAAAGAGAGAGUAUAGACUCGCCACCAGCAGAGCCAUCCGAAGUUGAAGUCCCCCAUCAUUGGACAACACCGCCGUCAUGGUGCGUCUACCACUUCCCUCCAGCUCAUGGCUGGCCCAUGACCAAUGCCUUGAACGGCAAGGGCUCUUUAGUUUUAAUGAAUGAAAUCUUAAUUUUUAACGGCAUACCCAUUUCAUAA